GUAAGCCCCUUUCAUUGUUCUAUAUAAGUUUUGUCCCAUGCUGAAACAGCACUACUAAAAACCCAUCCACUUCCUGUUUCCAUGGACAUCUAAAUCCCUCUCUUCCUCUCUCUCAAUCCAGAAAUAUAUAUAUACCUACACUUUCUCUCUCUCUCUGUCUUUUCCCGGCAGCGAUGGCUGACCGGAAAGUCGAAACUAAUGGAAUUUCCCGCGCCCACCCUCCCCAGACAAGUCUAGCAGAUUUCGAUCCUCAAAAGAAGCCUAAGCGGAACAAGUUUGCGUUUGCUUGUGCUAUUUUAGCUUCUAUGACUUCCAUCUUACUUGGUUACGAUAUCGGUGUAAUGAGUGGAGCAAUUAUGUACAUCAAAGAUGACCUCAAAUGUACCGAAGUCGAAAUGGAAAUCCUUGCGGGUAUUAUCAACCUUUACUCCCUCAUCGGUUCCUUCGUCGCUGGAAGAACUUCCGACUGGAUCGGCCGCCGCUACACCAUUGUUCUUGCGGGUGCCAUAUUUUUCUCUGGUGCUAUUCUCAUGGGUUUCGCCACCAAUUACACUUUCCUCAUGUUCGGCCGCUUCGUAGCCGGUAUCGGCGUCGGCUAUGCCCUCAUGAUUGCUCCUGUAUACACAGCCGAAGUUUCUCCGGCUUCGUCUCGGGGCUUCUUCACCUCAUUUCCAGAGGUGUUCAUCAACUCUGGGGUAUUACUUGGUUACGUAUCAAACUACGCUUUCUCUAAGCUACCAAGAAACUUGGGAUGGCGGUUCAUGUUAGGAGUGGGCGCGAUUCCUUCAGUUAUAUUAGGCGUCGGCGUGUUAGCCAUGCCUGAGUCACCACGUUGGCUCGUCAUGCAAGGUCGGCUGGGCGACGCCAAGCGAGUCCUUGACAAAACCUCAGAUUCCAAAGAGGAGGCUCAGAUUAGACUAGCCGACAUCAAAGAAGCCGCUGGGAUUCCUGAGCACUGCACGGACGACGUCGUUCAGGUCACCAAACAUAGUCACGGUGAAGGCGUAUGGAAGGAAUUGCUCCUUCAUCCCACACCCGCCGUUCGCCAUAUCUUAAUCGCAGCCGUUGGUAUACAUUUCUUCCAACAGGCAUCGGGUAUAGACGCCGUCGUUUUGUACAGUCCUGAAAUCUUCGAGAAGGCUGGGAUCAAAUCCGACAACGAUAAGCUUCUUGCGACCAUGGCCGUUGGAUUUGCCAAGACCAUUUUCAUCUUGGUCGCCACGUUCUUGCUCGAUAGGAUCGGACGGCGUCCGUUGCUUCUAAGUAGCGUGGCGGGUAUGAUCUUCUCACUCGCGACCCUUGGAGUGACCCUCACGAUCAUCGAUCACUCGCACGAGAAGCUCACGUGGGCGGUGGCCAUUUGCAUCGCCAUGGUGUUAGCCUUCGUCGCGUCCUUCUCCAUCGGAAUGGGUCCCAUCGCCUGGGUUUACAGCUCUGAGAUCUUCCCGUUGAAGCUGCGAGCUCAGGGUACGAGUAUGGGAACGGCAAUGAAUAGGGUGGUGAGUGGGGUCAUAUCGAUGACUUUUAUCUCGCUGUACAAAGCGAUCACGAUUGGUGGGGCCUUCUUUCUUUUCGCGGGAAUUGCAACUGUUUCUUGGGUGUUCUUUUUUACGAUGCUACCGGAAACACAGGGUAGAACCCUUGAAGAUAUGGAGGUCCUUUUUGGUAAAUUCCAUAAGUGGAGGUCGGCAAAUGCCAUGCUGAAAAGCAACAAGACCAAGGAAACCAAGGGUAGUGAUGUCAAUACCAACGCUCAGAUACAGUUAAGGACCCAGGGGUAAUUUAGUUUUAUGUACUUGGAAUUGGAAAUCUAUAUAUAAAUAUAUACACACAUAUAUAUAUUAGGUUUAAGUUUUAGAUAAAUCAUGAAAAAAAAAAAAUGUUUGGAACUAAUAGAGUAGCUGUUCCAAAACAAUGAUGAGAGAAGCCAAAUUAUUAUAUGCUAUGAAGAAAAACAAAAGUUAAUGAAUUAUGAUGAUAACUUUGUGUAA